UGCGGAUGUCCAGAGUAUAUGUCUGUGGUGUAUAUGAUGUGAUAGGGCUGCUUUUUGUGCAUGGUUUGGCUGAAUUUUCUAGCUCUGAAUUAUUUCUGCGACCAGAUCGUGCUCUUUUCAUCUGUUAAAGCAUCUAGUUGUUUAGGAGCGAUGGGUAUCGACAGUAACCGGUUUCAAGGGGCUGUCGACGAAGAGCUGAUCUGCCCCAUCUGCUCCUCCGUCCUGGAAGAUCCAGUGCAGGCGCCGGCGUGCGAGCACGCCUUCUGCCGGGCCUGCAUCACCGAGUGGCUGUGCCGCCAGCAGAUCUGCCCUGUUGACCGGCAGACGAUCACGGCUGCCCAGCUGAAGCCCGUGCCGCGUAUACUGCGCAACCUACUGGCCAGACUGCUGAUCGUGUGCGACAACCAGGAGUACGGCUGCGCGGUGGUGGUGAACCUUGACCGGCUGGAGAGCCACCUGAAGGAGUGCGAGCAUAACCCCAAGCGGCCGGUCGAGUGCGACCAGGGCUGCGGGCUGGUGGUACCCAUGGAUGAGCUCAAGGAGCAUAACUGCGUGCGCGAGCUGCGUUCGGUGGUGGAGCAGCAGAACAAGACGAUCGGCGCGCUGCAGCAGGAGCUCGCCGAGACCAAGUUCCAGAUCGGCCAGCAGCGGCGCGAACUGCACCUCGUGAAGGAGUUCAUGCAUGCCAUGCGCGGUAGCGACCCGCGCAUGCGCACUCUGGCCGACCGCAUGGAGCAGGACGAGGUGGUGCGGUGGGCGGGCUCGUUGCCGCGCGCCCGCGUCACCCGCUGGGGCGGCAUGAUCUCCACACCCGACGCCGUGCUCAAGGUGGUGAUCCAGCGCUCUCUCUGCGAGUCCGGCUCGCCGCCGCACAUACUGGAGGAGCUCAUGGACAACUCGCACGAGCGCCGCUGGCCCACAGGCCUUUCGACGCUGGAGACGCGGCAGGCCAACCGGCGCCACUACGAGAACUACGUGUGCCGCCGCAUCCCCGGCAAGCAGGCGGUGGUUGUGAUGGCCUGCGAGAAUCAGCAUAUGAACGAGGACAUGAUCCUGGACCCGGGCCUAGUGCUCAUAUUCGCGCACGGCGUCGAGACGGACUCCAACUACCAAGCGCCCUCUUGAGGCGCGCACGUGCGCACCGUACGACGCUGCUGCACGCUGCGCCUGCUUCUAAGUGGUGAAAACGCGGCGCGUGUCGGUGUCACGCCGGCAAAUCUCUGACGCGUGAGGGUCACGCACGCCUGGCGCGGGGAGCUGGCGGCGUCCUGCAGUGCGCUAGCGGCGGCCGCGGGGUGAGCGCUCGCACCGGCCGCGUCGGGG